CACAGAGAGCAGCAGAGGUUUCUUCCUCCAGCUAACAGCUACUACCAUGGCGUCAACUGAGAUAGCGAGGCAAGCGGGUGAAGGUGCUCGUGCUGUCCCUCUGGCAGGCCAUGUCGGCUUUGACAGCAUGCCAGAUCAGCUUGUCAACAAGUCUGUGAACCACGGAUUCUGCUUUAACAUCCUGUGUGUUGGCGAGACGGGUCUGGGGAAGUCCACCCUUAUGGACACGUUGUUCAACACCAAGUUUGAGGGUGAGCCCACCCAGCACAACCAGCCCGGAGUCACACUCAAGUCCAACACCUAUGAACUCCAGGAGAGUAACGUGCGCCUCAAACUUACUGUUGUCAACACCGUGGGCUUCGGAGACCAGAUCAACAAAGAAGACAGCUACAAGUCUAUUGUGGAGUUCAUUGACGCCCAGUUUGAAGCAUAUCUACAGGAGGAGCUGAAAAUCAAGCGCACGCUACACAGUUACCACGACACCCGCAUCCAUGCAUGCCUGUACUUCAUUGCUCCCACAGGACACUCGCUCAAAUCCCUUGACUUGGUGACCAUGAAGAAACUUGAUAGCAAGGUCAAUAUUAUUCCAAUCAUUGCCAAGUCAGACGCCAUCUCCAAGAGCGAGCUGGCCAAGUUCAAAAUCAAAAUCACCAGUGAGCUGGUCAGCAACGGAGUGCAGAUCUACCAGUUCCCCACUGAUGACGAGUCUGUGGCAGAGAUCAACUCCACCAUGAACAGCCAUUUGCCGUUUGCUGUGGUGGGGAGCACAGAGGAAGUGAAGAUUGGGAACAAGAUGGUGAAGGCACGGCAGUACCCCUGGGGGACGGUGCAGGUGGAAAAUGAGAAUCACUGUGACUUCGUCAAACUGCGAGAAAUGCUGAUCAGAGUGAACAUGGAGGACCUGCGAGAGCAGACUCACACACGCCAUUAUGAGCUGUACCGCCGCUGCAAACUGGAGGAGAUGGGCUUUAAGGACACAGACCCUGACAGCAAGCCCUUCAGUCUUCAGGAGACAUAUGAAGCUAAGAGGAACGAGUUCAUGGGUGAGCUGCAGAAGAAAGAAGAAGAAAUGAGACAAAUGUUCGUCCAAAGAGUCAAAGAGAAGGAGGCUGAGCUCAAAGAAGCAGAGAAAGAGCUUCACGAGAAGUUUGACCGUUUGAAGAAGCUCCACCAGGACGAGAAAAAGAAACUGGAGGAGAAGAAGAAGUCCCUGGAUGACGAGCUCAAUAUGUUCAAACAGAAAAAGACUGCUGCAGAGCUCUUGCAGAACCAAGCCCAGCAGGCAGGGGGCUCCACCACACUCAAGAGGGACAAAGAGAGGAAAAACUGAUGUGAUGCCGUGCCUGUUAGAAAAGGAAGAAGACACUUGCACUGAGAAGCUUAGGAUUCCUGUAGAAAAAGUGCUCCCUUGUGGCCAUCCUGCUGUGAAUGAGUUUCCGCCCCAUCAUCCUUUACAGUACCCCUUCCCCACCCUCACCCUCACCCCAUAAUUCAACCCCCCCCCCCCCCCCCCCCCCCCCUCUAUUAUACAGUCUGUACAAGCAGUUAUUCAGCUUGUCUUUUAAAACAAAUUUACCAAAAAAAUGCAUUCCUUAUUUGUUUUAUAUAUAGUGAUUCUUUGCAUGAUGGAGUGAGCUUUUUUAAUAUUAACAUACAUGACUACUGUUGUGAUGGGCAGAAAUGUAUUGAAGCAUAAAGUGAAACAUGCGUCAGACGGUGGGACCUGAAUACGUUAGCGUGGUUAAAGAUCUGCAGUAGAUUACAGAGAAGACAAUUGAGGACGUUAAGAUAAUGUAUAUAACUGAUCCUUCUUCAGAUUAAAGGUCCCAUGUGUAGGAUUUAAGGGUAUCUAGGGGUGAGUUUGCAUAUUACAAGCAACUGAAUCCCCCCACGCCUUACCCUCCCCUCAUGCAAAAGGCGCUCUCUAGAGCCAGUGUUUGGUUUCUGUUCUGGCCUACUGUAGAUAUAGAGUUCAUUCUCUACUAACAACAAUGCAAUGGUUCUUAUUUUCACCUGAUUGUACACAAAUGAAAAUAUACCCACAGAUAUUAUAUUUCUGCUAUAUUCUGUCAAUAGAGUGCCUAAAUCUUACACACUGGACCUUUAAAGGGCUGCAAUCAGCUUCAUGGUUCUCAGUUUCAGUCUGAAAUAACUACUUACAUUGAGAUUGCAAGCAGUUGCGUGCAUACUUGUUAAUAAUUAGUCGCUGGCUUGGUCGAGUUUGUUAUCAGUUUAAAGUUAUAAGUCUCAAGAUUUCAGUCAUGGUUGGUUUGGACACACUCGGGACACUUGUUGAGCUCCUACUUUGUCAGAAAUACAAUAAAAGAGCAACUUGUGCAUCUGUUUUCAGCCAAGCCAAACAAACUCCCAUUGGUCUAUUUCCAUCAUGAGCGAUCCCAAUCUGAACUCAUGCUGCUCGCUGCAGUGUUCAACACUGAUGUCAAAAAAAAGUUGCAGUUUUGAUCAGCAGUCGCUUUUAGUGGUAAUUACAGUAAUCGCUAUAUUGUGUUUCCUAUGACUGCUUCAAAAUAACAGCCACCCCGUGUUUCGCCAGUUGAACACUUUUAAUGUGAAGCAGCAGUAAGAAAUAAAUGUAGCAAUAACUUCAUAUAGCUGUGAUACAGCUGUGGGAGAGUGAACUGUAAACAGUGAAACUGAUACCAGUGAGAUAAAAUUACAGUAGCGCUGGAUUACAUGCAUGCAUCAUUUCCUGCUUAUCCCUUAUACGUGUGAAACCCACCUCAGGAAUGGCGGACUCUGCCACUAACAAUGAAGACUAUGUAUUACAGAGAGAGAUUUACAAAGUGUAAAUACAUGACAACUACAUAUAGUAAAUAGUACCAAAAAGAGGAUUUCAUGAUAAUCUCAAGGAAUAUAACUAUCAGUUAUUACCUCAGCCAGCUGUUAGGGGUCAAUAAGAAUUGAACUUGUUUCGGUAUUUAUGUCCCUUUGCUGACGCUGUUUCACUUUAGCCUGAUGCAUGAGUAGUCUAAUCUCUUUGCCACUUAUCCCAUACCUCAUUCAUUGUCAUGUGUUAUGUGCAUACUUGUCUUAGCUUUCACAAUUGCACUUUUUUUAUACACAAAUGUGAUGUUGUUUUUUUUAAAAAUAUGUAUUAAUGUUGUCAGUGCAAUUGUAACUUUCUUUUUAUUUUACUUAUUAUGAAGGCACAUUUGAAAGUCAAUCAUCAUGAUGUCCAUUGUCCUGCAGGGACCAGAGUUGUUUGUAUCAGUGUUACGCAUAAAGGAAAUAUUCUAUCAAAAGAAAAUAAAGGCCAAUUUUUCACCAAAUAUUACAACUGUGGCCAUAAUCAUUGUGUAUCACCAAUAUUUCUGUAAAAUUGGGAUUUGAUGAAAAUUUAAUAACCUCAAAUGGGAAAGUGGGUUUCCUUGAUUUGCAUGAUGAAGCCUGUUAGUUGAUUAAAAAUAGUAUUGUGGAAGUCUACAGGAUGGUGAAUGACUGUUGAUGCAGAUACAUUUUCCUAUGAUGAGGACCCCUUCGCUCACAUCUGUAUUUCUAGAGGACAGUGUGAAGUUUUCUCACAGCUUUAGUUCACAUCUUAAAGUCCAAAAAAUCCUCUUGCACCUUCAUCCAAUCUGUUUAAAAUCUUCAGGUUUGUUUGUUUCUUUGUGCUGCAAAUAAACUCUUUGAUUCCACAUGAUACCAGGCUCAAAAUACAUCGAGAGAAGAGCCGUUCCCUCGUCCCAAUCCUCAGCUCACUGGUUUGUGUGGUUUCACU